CGAACAGGUGAGUAGCGCUUAGAGGGAAGCUGAAAGAGGAGAAGACUUUCGCACAGGAUUUAUUUUUUUCUUCAAAGCAAACCUUUCAGCAAAGCCUCGGUGGAUCAGGCAAAGCUUUAUUCAAGGUGAUCAUAAGUUAAGAGGGAGUUUUCUGAGUGUUUUGGUGACUUUACUGCACUGGAUUCAGGAUCGGUGGAUACCAUGGACUCUCUUUAACGGCUAAAAGGCACAAGCACUCACCUCGGAGCUGAGAAUGGGCUCGGGAAGCUGGUUACUUUGUUUGUUCACCUUUGGAAUUCUUGUGGCAUCGUGUCCUAGUGUUGGACAAUGUGGGAGUGGGAUUACAAUCAACGUUAUACUGUUGGAUGAUGAGGACUCUCCCUGGAGCCUCCAGUAUGUGGAAGGACAAAUACUGAAGGCCAUAGAGAAAGAUUCAGCCAUUAAUGCUGCCCAGGAUCCAGCUGUGACUUUUAACCUAACUGCGAAUUUCAGUGGGUUUGACACAAACUUAUACUGGCACCGAGGCUGCCGGAGCAGUUCAUGUGAAGCAGUUGCAGAGCUAAACAACCUGACGGAAUCAGGAAAUCUGGGAUGUGCUGUGCUUGGACCCACGUGCACCUAUGUUACUUUCCCAAUAGUGGAUAAGGAAGCCGGCAUGAGUCUCAGUAGACCCAUUUUGUCGGCGGGAAGCUUUGGUCGCUCGUGCGACUACACCUUUAACUUGCAGCGACUCCUGCCACCUGCACGCAAGAUCGUUGACUUUGUCAACCAAUUCUGGGAAGAAAACAAUGAGCUUAAACCUUCAUGGGAGGCAGCGUAUAUUUAUAAAAAACCGAACCCCACAGAGGAAUGCGUUUGGUAUGUAAGUGCAAUUGAAGCGACGGUGGAACCGCUUGCCUUAGAUGUUUCAAUAAUGCCUCUACGCAGUCCCGCAGAACUGCACAGCUUGCUUACAUUACCCAACAGGACAUGCAACUUGUUCAUUAUGUGUGGAUCACCAAUGGACCUAGUGGAAAUUAAAAAUGGCUCUAAGGCUGCGGACAGCAGUGAUAUCGUCUUCAUCCUCAUUGAUCUUUAUAGUGAUGUAUACUACACCAACACAUCGUCGCUGCCAGAAAUGAAGAACGUGUUGGUGCUUACCAUGCCGAACACCCGAAGCUACAGAAUCAACCCAAACCUUCAAGACAACAACACGAUGAACGACUACAUGGCCGCGUACCAUGACGCAGUGCUCUUUAUUGGCCAAGUGAUGAGAACAAUUUCUAAACAAAAUCAGUCUCAGCUUCACAGGACGGAAUAUGUGAAUGUAAAUUACUUCAGAAACACCAAAUUUACUGGGAUUGCUGGGGAGUAUGUGCUGGACGAGUACGGGGACAGAGACGUGGCUUUCUCAAUCAUCUACACCACUAGUGACAGCAAGUACGAUAUUUUAUUCACAUUUGACACGGCGCGCAAUAAAACCACAGUGGUGGAGGAGGCUCCUAAAUUCAUCUGGGGGAAAAGACUUCCCAAUACCAAGCCAGACAGCGGCCCUGCAAUUCACACCAUCAUCGCGAUUGUGUUGGGUGUCACUGUGGUCGUAGUGGCUACGAUCGCCUUUAUUUUCUACAGACAGAACAGAAGAGAUCGACUGCUCAGGAAGCGCUGGUCCCACGUUAACUCUGAUCUCAUCACGCUGAUGGAAAAUGAUGACAUCAACGUCAUCUCCCUUAAUAUUGAAAGUAAGAAGAAAAAGAAGAUCAAGAUCCGCUGUGCUCUCUACGAUAAGAAGAUUGUGAUCUUGAAGGAGCUGAAGAACUCAGAUGGGAACUUUGAUCAAACCCAGAAAAGGGAGCUCAAUGCGCUACUGCAUAUCGACUACUACAACCUCACAAAGUUUUACGGCACAGUCAAGUUAGAUCAUGGUGUCUUUGGCGUGUUUGAGUAUGGCGAGCGAGGCUCGCUCAAGUAUGUGCUGAAUGACAAGAUUUCAUACCCAGAGGAGACCUUCAUGGACUGGGAGUUCAAGAUCUCUGUCAUGUACGACAUCGCCAAGGGCAUGUCUUACCUCCAUGCCAGUGACAUUCAGGUUCACGGUCGCCUCAAAUCCACCAACUGUGUGGUGGACAACCGCAUGGUGGUGAAGAUCACAGACUUUGGCUGCAAUGCUUUUCUGAGCCCCUUCCAAGACUUGUGGACAGCUCCGGAGCAUCUGAGGAACCAGGGCAUGUCUCAGAAAGGAGACGUCUACAGUUUUGCCAUCAUUGCGCAAGAGAUUGUUCUCAGGAAGAACACCUUCUACACUGAAUCCUGCUCCGACCGAUCAGAAAAACUGUCCAGGCUCAUGACAUCCUACUUCAGACCUGAUCUUAACUUUGAGACGGCUUCAGAGAAAGAAUUAGAGGUGUACACGUUGAUAAAAAGCUGCUGGGAUGAGGAUCCAGAAAAAAGACCUGACUUUAAGAAAGUGGAAAUUUAUCUGGGGAAAAUCAUCAGUAAAAUCCAUAAUCAGGAAAAUGAGAGCUACUUGGAUAACAUGAUCAGACGGCUGCAGAUGUAUUCCAGAAACCUGGAGUACUUGGUGGAGGAGAGAACGGCCCUCUACAAAGCUGAGAGGGAUCGAGCUGACAAUCUUAACUUUAUGCUGCUGCCUUGCCCGGUGGUUAAAAGCCUGAAGGAGACCGGGGCUGUGGAGCCAGAGCUGUACGAUGAAGUUACAAUAUAUUUCAGUGACAUAGUUGGCUUCACCACUCUGUGCCAGUACAGCACACCGAUGGAAGUUGUGGACAUGCUUAACGACAUCUACAAGGGGUUUGACAGCAUCGUCGACCACCACGAUGUGUACAAGGUGGAGACAAUAGGGGAUGCCUACAUGGUUGCUUCUGGUCUUCCAAAGAGAAACGGGAACAGGCAUGCAGUGGAUAUUUGCCGCAUGGCGCUGGACAUCUUGGCAUUUAUGGGCACCUUCCAGCUCCGACAUCUUCCUGGUAUUGCUGUGUGGAUACGAAUCGGUGUACACUCAGGUCCCUGUGCGGCGGGCGUCGUGGGAAUAAAAAUGCCCAGAUAUUGUUUAUUCGGAGACACGGUCAACACAGCAUCUCGUAUGGAAUCUACAGGACACCCCCUGCGGAUCCAUGUCAGUCAGCCUACCAUAGAUAUCCUGGAGAGAACAAACUGCAAGUUUGAGUAUGAGAUGAGAGGGGAAACAAACCUGAAGGGUAAAGGCACAGAAACAACUUACUGGUUGACAGGUGAAACUGGCGAAGACUACGAUCUUCCUACUCCACCCACAACUGAAAACGUCCAGCGGCUCCAGCAGGACCUCGCCCACAUGAUCUUGACGUGUUUGGAGCGUCGCUCGCGAGGUUCCGUGCGAAGGAAGAAGCUGCUACCAAGUCAGAGCAAGGAGGACACCAGCGACCAGGGGUCAGAGGUGGAGUCUGAGAGCAGCCUUCCCGAGUACCUGCAUCUAGCCACUGUGGAUAACACACUCAGUACCUUCCUGUAGAGCAUGCUGUAACUAUCUGCCUGUUAUUGCAUAUAGAGCAGGAAAUCAAGCAUAGAAAAAUGAGGAAUUAAGAGUCCUGCGUCUAAAGACCUCAAAUAUUCCCGCAUUAUUUCCUGCCAUCAUUUUGGGUGGUUGGAAAGGGUGGGUGGAAACUUUGUACUUGUUAUUUUUUACCCAGUACCCAUCCAAGUGUAUUAGCUGAAAGCCAAAACCUUAGAUUUGUCCAGUGCAGAUUUUUUUCUAUAACCAGUUGUGAAGUUUUAAUGGUGGGGAGUUUUGUCAUCCCCUGUCAAAAGAAAAACGGUCAAAAAGUGCAUUUUAGGCCAACUUUGAAGAACAGGUACUCAGCUAAAAGAAGAUUUAGCAUAUUUAAGGAUUCAUUUUUAUCCAAAUUUUGAUUCCAGGCUCAACUUCUAGCUCUUUUUCUUUUUAUGCCAAAAUUAUUUUUUGCUACAUCUGUAUUUUUAUACCUGUGAAUGUGUAAGAAAUGGAUCUACAUAGAUUUACAUCUAUAAAAUAGUGUGGAAACCCAAACUGAAGUUAUGAGGGGUCAAAGACACUUGGAAAAAUAAAGAAUAAAUAAAUACAUAAAAGCAAAAAAUUUCAGCAGCAGUUAUAUCGCAAAAUAAUGCUCAUGUGGUCAGGUGGCAGCGUUUUUGGAUUUGAUUCACUUACUAUGGAAUGAGCCAGCCGCAGCACCCUCGCAUGCCAGUGCAGAUGCUGCUAAUGGCCUGUUCAACUAACAAAACACAGGAACACGAUAAGAACAGAAGAGGCCGUUUUGCGCAGACAGAAAUGCAGGAUCGCCCUUUUUGUGCAUUGUACAGUUUGGAAAAAGUUUUAGAACUACAGUAAUACAGUUACUGUAUUUGUAAUAUAUCCUCUUGUUUUUGUCAUUAAUGUUCAUUGAUUGUUUCUGCUGCUUAGCUUAAAACUGGGUUAUUCUAUUUAUGUACAGCGCUUAAUGUGUAUUUGUUUCCACAUUUGUCAGCCAGUAAGUAAAUUAUAGGUCCCAUAAAAAUCUAUAGACAAUGCUUAUAAAAGUCACAACUCAGCAUCAUCUGCAUUUAUUACUUUAACCAAAUGACUGCCAGUUUUUGACUCUAUGCAUCUCAUGUCAUGCAGAGGAGGCUGUAUUGAGGAAGCUCAGGGAGGAAGAUGCUGCACUGCAGGCCCUUGAAAGAGUGCCUUUGUUAUUGUAUAGAGCAGCGGUCCCCAACCUUUUUUUGCGCCACGGAACCGGUUUAAUGUCAGACAGUAUUUUCUCGGACCGGCCUUUAAGGUGUUGCGGAUAAAUACAACAAAAUAAAAUGAUACAAUAUAAAUAUAAUAAUAAAUGCGAAUUCACUGUGUAAUUGUUUAACUUUAUUAGCGGCGUUCUCCUGAAAUGCGCCGCAACAGAGAGUAACAUCCUCCUCGCUGGUCGCUAUGGUAACGCAUACACAUUUCUUUCAAAAUAAGAUAACUACAAAAAAAAUAUAAAGUGCAUGAAAAUAUAUUCAUAACACAAGGGAAAAGACCCAGGGAAACCGAGUUAACGAUAAAAACCUUGAAAACCAUCAAUUUCAUUCCCGAGCGUCAACUCUCGCGGCCCGGUACCAAACGAUUCACGGACCGGCGAGCCGGGGGUUGGGGACCGCUGGUAUAGAAAGCAGUGUACAGUGGGCUCAUUGUGAUCAGGGCUAAAAACGAAAGAAAGACUUUGUACCUUAAACCAAAUGUUUAUUUUUGUUGACAAUGCUGACAUUCAUUUACAUUAAAUUAAAAAAAAAAAAAAAAAGUACAUUUUCCUUUCAUUCUGUUGAAGAUGUCGUAUGUUCAGGUCCUCAUGAAGUCCAGUUUUGAAACUAUCCAAACACUGAUUCCUGAAGCCCGUACGAUUCAUGCGUCACACAUGGAUCCGUUUCAUGUUCACAGACAGUAAAGUGGCUCUACGGACAGCAGAUGAAAGAAUCUCCAGCAUCAGAGAGAAAUGUUUUUCUAUCCCGAUUUGAUGAUGACAGAUGUUGGGUUUUUUUGCACAGACUAAUGAAAGAGCGCCGCUGCGUAGACUUUUACACAUUACGUACUAAUCGUACAGCAAAAAUGAAGUGAGGAUCAAGCAAAAAACAAACAAGGUACUGUAUCAGGACAUGCAGAUGGAGGUUUAUACAUUUAAGUGAACCAAGACAAAAAACUUGGAUUCAGUAAACCUGCUGAUUAUACAGUAUGUGCUGUUUGAGAUCGUCAGGACAGUCAAACAGAAACGCUAUUCUUCAAGUAGAAACAAACAAAAGUAACCCCCCCCCCCCCUUCCCACACAUCUAAAAACAAACGCCCAAAUUCUUCUUACAAUGUAAAGAAAGUCUAAGAAUAAAUUAGACAUCAAAACUUACAAAACAAUUAAAAAAAGGUGGUGCUUUUUAUACAAAACAUCUUAAACCGGCUUCACCUCAUGCAUGCAGCUGUUUGGUGUGCACACUUACUCUUUAUCUCUACAGGAACACCUCAGUAAAUGCACGAGAAGACAUUUACAGUAAAAACAAAAAGUGAGAUUGUAAACCAUCUACUGUAAAAUAUUAAAAGCAGCCACUUAAAAACGCAUGGAAUAACAGCUACGAUCAUGCUGACAUGUCUGUUUUGCUGCUUGAACUCAAGGCACUGAAUGAUCCAAGUUAAAAGCCACAAAGAGAAGAGAAAAAAAAAAAGCUGAAGAAAUAAAAUCUUUUGGUCUUCUCUGUUCUGUCAAUAUCACUGUUAUGAGUAUCGUACACAGUAACUGCAGGCUAACUACACAUUUAACAUUUACAGUGUUCUGCUAAUCCUCCUAAUUAGGGAUCGGGAGGAUCCCACAGGUUGAGGAUAGGUUUUCUGUUCAGUGCUAUAAAUGGAAAACAAACAUGGAAUAUUGUAUUUACAUCCUAUUUAUUUUUUAUUUUAAAUUGAUUUUAUUAUCAAAAAUGUUAGGAGAGAGAGAGGGAGAAAAAAAAAAAAAAAAAAAAAAAAA